AUGGAUACAAAGCACAGGAGAAAACCCUCUAGACCGUCAGGAAAGUCUAUUCAACUGGCACACGUCUUAGGUUCUGGCUCCAAUAAAAUCAAGAAGAAAAUCCGGGACAUUGAAAGACUGCUGCAACGCAAAAAAGAUGUCCUUCCAGAUACAGUUUUGAUUGAGAAAGAAAGAGCUUUGGAUGCUCUGAGGCUAGAACUACAAAAUGCCGAAAUGCGGGUCAAAGUACAGAAUAAUGCCAAAAAAUACCAUAUGGUACGCUUCUUUGAGCGCAAGAAAGCACUCAGAAGGUAUAAUCAGGCUGUUAAAAAUGCCAACAAGAAAGACAUACGAGAAAGGGCCAUAGACCUCUGCUAUGUUGUGAACUUUCCCAAGACAGAGAAGUACAUUGCUUUGUACCCCGCCGAAGAGAAUGAGGGUUUCACAGAAUCCAAGACAGGUAUUGAAAAGACGGACGCUCGGCGGUCGACCUAUCGUGAUUUGGUUGCAUCUAAAAUGGACUCUGAUGACCUUCCCGUGUCCUUAUCCGGUAUACUCAAGGGUGACAAACUUUCAAGAGAGCAUAACGGCCUGCAGUUGAAGUCGCCCCAGAGCUCCAGCUCUGAUGCUGGGCCCAGUAGCCGUGGGCCCUCUCACAUGCAAGAAGAAGAUGAAGACGAGGAAGAAGACGACUUUUUCGAGAGUUGA